AUGGCGGCGGUCGACACGACGAAGACGCUCAGAGAAGAAAAGGAACAGGGCGCAUCCGAGUUCCAACAGCAGAAGAAGAUCGUUGGCGACCUGCUCUCGAGUGCCGAAAAUGGCGAUCUCGAGAUGCUCAAGAGAACGGUCAAGUCGCUGCAGGUGAUGGGCGUGACGGACGUGAAAGAGGCGCUUCUGGACUUUAAGGACGCGCACAAACGCACGGCGCUGCACUUUGCCGCGGCGAAAGGGCGUCGUCAAGUGAUUAAUUACAUCUUGGAACAAGCCCCUGACUGUAUUGAAGCUGUGGACGAAGAAGGAGCGACUCCGCUGCUGUAUGCAGCUAAAGAGAACGAGUUCUCGGCCGUGACGUUGCUGCUGGCUUAUUGUGCCGACCCGAACGUGGCUAUGAAGAAUGGCACGACGGCCCUGCAUGAAGCAGCAGCUAAUGGCAGUAUCCGAACAGUGAAGGUACUGGUCGAGCACAAGGCGCAACUGGAAGCUACCACCAAGAAUGGUACGGCGUUGCACUUUGCCGUGAGUGAAAACCGUGAGAAGACCGUGGCCGAGCUGCUGCGUCUUGGUGCGAAGGCGGAUGUGACAAAUGCAGGCGGCGUCACGCCACUGAUGCUGGCUUGUCUCAUGAACAAACCCGUCGUGGUGAAGGAGCUGCUAGAGGGCGGAGCAACGCUAUCGUUGGCAAUGAGCGGUGGCCUCACGGCACUUCACAUGGCUGCUGAGACUGGGUUUUCUGCAGUGGUUCAGGAGUUUCUGACGUGUCGCCCAGAAGAUGCAAAGGAAGCUGCGAAUCUAUUGUCGGAUGCUGGUGCCAAGCCUUUACAACUUGCUGCUGGAAUGGAGCAUCAUGAAAUCGUGACGCUGCUGAAGCCGAUCAGCGAGGGAUUCGAAGAUGCUGACUUGGACAAGUUGGUGGUGGAGGAGAAGGCUAAGCUGGAUGCGUUUUACGAGCAGGCUGCUAAAAACAAGACUCCUGUUGCCUCUGUCGAAGCAAAGGAGCCUGUUACUGCGGAAGAGAAGCUGGAGGCUGAAACCCGAAAGAAGCUGGCUGAGAUUGAAAAGGAAGAAGACGUUGCUGUACCUGAGGCUGUAGAGGUGGAUGAAGAAAAGAUGGCGGAAGCCGCGAGACUCAAGGGCGAGGGAAACAAAGCAUACCUGGUGAAAGACUAUGCAUUAUCAGUCAAGCUUUACUCUCAGGCUAUCGCAAUUACACCCGCCGACGCUGUGCUGUACAGCAAUCGUUGUGCGGCGUAUUUGGGUGCAGGCGACACGAAAUUGGCGCUGCAUGACGUGCGGGUGUCAAAGAAGUUGCGUCCAGAGUGGCCCAAGGCGCUCUUCCGCGAGGGGCAGUGCCUUGAAGCGCUCGGGCUUUUCGAAGAGGCUGCAUGUACCAUGUGGGCUGCCAUGCAGCUUGCCCCGGAUGAUAAGCUGCUCAAGCGUCGAUUCCAAGAUUGUGUUAAGCGUGGCCGCUCAGACCACCAAGCAAAGCUCACGUCCGCCGAUGCUUAG